AUGGCGAACCUGAUGGGGAACCUGAUGGGGAACCUGAUUGGGAACCUGAUGGCGAACCUGAUGGCGAACCUGAUUGAGAACCUGAAGGGGAACGUGAUGGCGAACCUGAUGGCGAACCUGAUGGGGAACCUGAUGGGGAACCUGAUGGGGAACCUCAUGGCGAACCAGAUGGCGAACGUGAUGGGGAACCUGAUGGGGAACCUUAUGGGGAACCUGAUGGGGAACCUGAUGGUGAACCUGAUGAGGAACCCUAUGGCGAACCUGAUGGCGAACCUGAUGGGGGACCUGAUGGGGAACCUGAUGGAGAACUUGAUGGGGAAGCUGAUGGAGAAGCUGAUGGGUAAGCUGAUGGGGAAGCUGAUGGGGAAGCUGAUGGGGAACCUGAUGGCGAACCUGAUGGCGAACCUGAUGGGGAACCUGAUGGGGAACCUGAUGGCGAACCUGAUGGCGAACCUGAUGGCGAACCUGAUGGGGGACCUGAUGGGGGACCUGAUGGGGAAGCUGAUGGGGAACCUGAUGGGGAACCUGAUGGGGAAGCUAAUGGGGAAUCCGAUGGGGAACCUGAUGGGGAACGUGAUGGGGAACUGUGAGAUGACGGCGUGGGUUAGUCCGAGCGCCAUAUUCAUGUGGACCAACGCCAACAUCGCUAAGUUCAGCCAACAGACGCGAUGCCGCAAGAAAAAUCUCCAAGAUUUCAAGGCAGCGUUCGAGGAGGCUCAGGAGAUCCACAGCAGGACCAAGAGGAAGUCGGCUGGGUGCACUGGAGCAGCAGGAGGGCUAGCUGCUAACGCGGCCUCAGCACCUCAGUACCCGGCCUGGACCACAGAGGAGUCUCUUUCUCCCCUUAUCCCUCCGUCUCUCUGCACUUCCAGCAGCCUCAGCAUCAUGGCGCUCUGCACGGCUGUGGCAGGUACAGGUAAGGGCAUGGGGGUGAAGUGUGGGGUGGGUUGGUGGGGAGCAUUGGAGCAAGCGGGGAGUUCACUGCCAUGGGGGCAGCAUCACCUGGGGUGGGUGAGUGAGGGGAAAGGGGCUGAGUACCCUAGGGUGGGUGAGUGA